CCAAUGCACCUUGUCCGAGUUGGACAUCUUUCUCUCCGUUUCACCUGCCACCCAUCUCUGUACAUAAGGAUGUCGAAGCGCGCACUCAGUGGUUCUCCUGUUCCCUCAGCAUCGGCGCCUAGCUCGCCCAAACGACCCAAGUUCUCCGUCCCUCCCCCUGCUGUGCCAGCCGCGGUAGGAGUGCCCACCGCCCACAAGACGAAGAAACGCAAGCGACCGCCACCGCCAGAGUUUGGCUCUAGGGAAGAUGUCUUGCAGAAGGAGGUGAAGCGGUUGCUGGAGAGCGAGGGGCGCGUGUUGGGUUCGGACGAAGGGUGGGACGCUCCCGAGGGAGCGGGGAUGGGUGUGGAGUUAGAAGUGAGGGUCAGGGAGCUGUCUUCUACUGGUGACGGGUUGGCCCUCGUGCCUGAAGGGUUCCCUCCAUGGGUGGUGGUGACUCCAUUUGCGUUGCCAAACGAAAAGAUCCUCGUCAAACUCCUACGACCAGCUCAUGGACAUUCCGAGGCGAAGCUACUUGAAGUGCUCGAGCCUAAUCCCGAACUGAGAGACAUGUCGCUUGUCAAGUGCAAGUACUUUGGCAAGUGCGCGGGGUGUCAGUACCAGAUGCUGGCGUACGACACGCAGCUUGAUGUUAAGCGGGACGUUGUCGUGCGAGCAUACAAGUAUUUCUCCAAGCUACCCGAAUCGUCCGUCCCUACCGUGCUUCCUACGAUCGCCUCCCCACUGCAGUACGGCUACCGCACCAAGAUAACACCCCACUUUGACGCACCACCCUGGCAGCGGCAGGGAAGGAGGGGAAAGGAUCGGCCUCCCCGGGCACCGAGGGAGAACAGCGACUGGGAGGUAAGGAUCGGGUUCGACGAAAAAGGCGAAGGGAGGCGAGUGCUGGAUAUCGAAGAAUGCCCCAUUGCCACUGGGGUGAUUAAUGAAGGGCUGAAGGAGGAGAGAAAGAAAAUCCAAGAGACAAUAGAAAACUACACUCGAGGCGCAACGAUGCUCAUCCGGGACUCGAUCCUUUAUGAGCCUGCGAAUCCUUUCAAAGAUGCAGCUACAGAAGUUCGCGACGAUUACACUGUGGAUUCCUCAGCGGUAGGGCCAUCAGCUAUUGUUGGGCGCAUAGGGCGAACCGUUGGAGCGCCGGCCGUGGAAAACGAAGGGACUGUUAGCAAUGCCGAUGCUGGCGGGAAGGCUUCUAUCGCUGACGGCGUUGACGCUGCACCUCCCUCUUCCAAGCCAGACGGUCCGGCCACAUGCACAGACGAUGGCAAGGAACGACACAUCUGCGUCACCUCCACGGCGGCGACGAUCUACGACCGGGUUGGUCCAUAUUUGUUUUCCUUCCCCGCAAGUGCCUUCUUCCAAAAUAACAGCUCUGUACUUGUCCCCUUGACAGACCAUGUCAAGACUGCUAUUGAGAGCGCGACGGUGGGGCAAGGGCAGGCCCAUCCGACACAUCUUGUAGACGCGUACUGUGGAAGUGGGCUAUUCUCGCUCAUGCUUUCCUCCUCUUUUGAGAAGAUCUCUGGCAUCGACAUCUCCGUUCAUUCUAUCUCCUCAGCCGUUCGCAAUCUCGCUCUUAAUGACCUCCCGUCAGACAAAUUUGCCUUCCAAACUGGCACUGCGUCCGAUAUCUUCGCCUCUGUCUCCCACUUCCCGUCCUCCCAAACGGCAGCGGUGAUCGAUCCCCCACGAAAAGGCUGUGACGAGCCCUUCCUCAGGCAGUUGCUUAAUUUCCGCCCUAAAGUCAUCGUCUAUGUAAGCUGUAAUGUACACACUCAAGCGAGGGACCUCGGCUGGCUGCUCCGGACACAGGAGGAGGAGGGUAGGACGCCGGAGAAUGGAGCGUAUGGGAUCGUCAGCUUGAGAGGGUUUGACUUGUUCCCGCAGACUGGCCAUGUCGAGAGCGUUGCUGUACUCGUACGUUAG